AUGGCUGAAUGGAAAGAACAACUUCAGAGACGUCAUCAAAAAAGUUUCAAACAAAAAUGGAAUGAAAAUGAUUCAAGAUUGAACACAGAAGAUAAGAAGAGUCAGUCUGAAAUUGGGUCCACUUCUUGGCAGAAAUAUGUUUCCUAUAGGAAAGACAUUACAAAGUCACCAAAUGCUGAAUUUUUGCCAAGACUUUUGAUGACUCCUCCAGCUGUUCACAUGGACAAAAUUCUCUGGAAGCUUCUCUGUGAUGAAGUGCUUGCUGACAUGAUCCCUCGUUUGGUACGAAACACACUGAGGGAAGUGUGUGAAGAAUAUUUGGAAACUGAGGUCAUCUUGUCUGUUAUUGCUGAUUUCACAGCUGAGAUCAUUUUGGAACAAGAUGGCUACACUUUGGUUAAUGAAGUAUUGAAUGAAUUGUAUGAAGAAUGUUUUCUGGUUGACAAAAUUCUGAAUCCUGUUAUGUCAGAUUUGUUGCAUGAAAUUGCAGCUGACACAAUAGAAAUAGAAAUGGAACAACAAUUCUUUCAAGACUCAAAAGAGGUCAAUCGUGUGACCCAACAGAAUUUAUUGGAUUCUUUCUUGUUUGAGGAAUUAUUGAACCUUUGGGCUCAACAGGGACGCCUUUGGACAGAGACUGAAGAACAAAAUAGAAUUCUUGAUGGUUUUAUUAUGGAUGCAUUACUGAAUCAACUUGACAAGUUUCAAGAAGCAAAAACUUUAUUGCAUGGAUGUGUUCCUUUCAAUAAGUUACAUCAACGAAUAGUUACAGAUAUUAGUUUAAAUGUGUUACUGGAGCGGUUAUCAAAUUCGCUAAUGGAAGACGAAAGAGAACUGGAUAAUUUUGAACAAGAACACAAAGCAAUUCAAUCUACACAGGAAACACUGAUACUAGAUUAA